AUGUUCGAGAACUUCGUGGAGCUUUUGGGUGAAAAAUAUGGUUUUGGCGCGAUAGUCAACACACAACCUAGAGCUACCGUUAUAAACUGGGCGUACUUCGUCCGGCGCUACUUUGAGCGGCCUAAGAUAAACUAUUGGGUAGUAUUAAAAGUCAAAUCGUACAUCGCGAUGAAAGCGCCUGUCAAACUUGUGAUGGUUGGCUCGAGAAGAAAAAAGGAGAGGAGGGCGGCAAGGGCAGGGUACGCUUGA